AUGAGUGAACGACCAAAAUUCUAUAGUAGUAAUUUGAUUACACUUCAUAAUCCGAAUAACAAUAAUUAUUAUUAUCCUGAUGGUAUAAGGCUGAAGUAUAUCACGGAACAAGUUGUACUAGAGAAAUCUACUUCCUCUUUUGAAAAUAAAGGUAAAAUGCGAUCUUAUUCAUGGUCGAAAUAUUCAAGUGUUAAUAAAGAAUCAGAUCAGUGUGAAAGUACAAAUAAUACGAAGAAAGAGGAUGAAUACAAAGAACCUGACAGUGGAAGACCAUCAGACUGUGAAUUCAAUAUACCAUUUGAUGAUAUCAAACUGGUUGACUGCUUACUAAAAGGUGAACGCAAAGCAAUAUACAAAGGUUAUUGGCACGGUGAAGUUGAUGUACAUAUCUUUGAAAAUUUAAGCCGUUUAGAAAGACGAAGAUUUUGGCAAGAUGUUACAAGAUUAAUGAUGACUAGACAUGAAAAUAUUGCUCUGUUUAUGGGUGUUUGUGUUGAACCGCCCAACUUUGCUAUUGUGACUAGUUCAUGUACGGGUGUUUCACUGUAUACAAAAUUACAUAUAAAACGUGAAAAACUAUCACAUUCUAUUCGAUUACAUCUACUACGACAGAUUGCAAAUGCGAUCACUUACCUGCACAGUCGAACUAAUCCAAUUGUUGUACGUCGAUUGUCGAGUAAAAAUAUUUUCUUAAGGCCUAAAAUGAAUUUAUACCUAACUGACUAUUCUACAGAGGAUUGUGAUUAUCAAGUGCCUGGAUUUGUUCCAAUCCAGCUGGAUUGUAUCAAGUACAUCGCUCCAGAACUUUUGCUUACAGUUGAAGAAGAUAUUAUAAAGUUAUGCGGAGAGACUUAUGGUUGUUGUGGUGGGGGUGGAGGGAGCAGUGCUGGGGGCGGUAGUACCUCACAAAUGCCUAUCGAAUGGAAUGAUGAUCCAGGCGAGACAACAACAACAACAACUCAUCUCUAUCCAGCGGUUAAAUCAGAACAGACAAGUAAACAACCAAUUCUAGGCUAUAUCAUGAAGUUAUCAAAUCCAUCGUCUGAAUUACACAUGACUGAUAACAAUGCUACACAGGAUUCAGAGAUAUUGAAAUCAUGGCCUAAUUUAUUGGGGUUAGGGAAAAAUCAUCAGUCAACGGGAUCGUCAUCGUCAUCAUCAACCAGUCAGCUGACUAAGAAGUCUAUUUCAUUGCCAAAUUUAUAUACAAAUCGUCAUACACUAGAGGACUCGCUUAAGCUACCCUAUAAAUCAGUUAAAUACAUUUCAUUGCAUAAAGCCAGUUUUAUCAAGGCAAUUCGACAGUUUUGUACAACAUCGAAACAGUAUAAAAUUGUUGUGAAAACUAUUUACAUCCCUGUGACUGAAUUCACUACCUCUACAGAUAUAUUUGCAUUUGGAACUAUUAUAUUCGAAUUGAAUACUCGAUGCUAUCCUUUCGAAGAAUUUGAUAUAUGCGAGUAUAUUCAGUAUCUACGCGCUGGUGAAAGGGAUGAAGGCGGUGAGCAUUGUAUACCAAGAUCUGUGAAGAAUUUAAUGCAAAGCUGUUGGUCAGGUGAUCCAACAAAAAGACCAUCAAUGAAUACUAUUUCACAAGAAUUAGUCAGAAGUCAUAUAUUGUACAAACGUCAAAACUCUGAUCCAGUUCCCAAAAGAUCUACAAGAUAUCCUGUGAAUGGAUUUUGA